UUCAAAAGGCAUUUAUACUACAAAUUCGGUGGACUUGCUGAUUUGCAUUAGAUCAGUGGUGGGUCGGGGUGAUCAAAGCUCACUGUGAACAUCUCCUGCGCCCUAACCCAUCCCAAGAUAUUCAUAAAAAUUUUUUGCAAUUGAAAGAAUGCGAAGACCAUGAUAAAAUCAUUUUUCUCGCUGAUGAGGCCGCCCUUACUCUCGUCCACCUCUUUCUCUCCCUGUCCGCUCUCGCCAUAUCUUCCCCAUCGAACAUCCCGUGCAUUCUCUGCUUCCACCUUCAAAUUAAUGUCGUCACCCAUGGAAAUGAGCCCUAUCCUAUAUAGGCCUAUUGAAUACGUGGAGAGAAUGGAAUAUUACGAACCUGGAGGGUAUCAUCCAGUGAAAAUCGGAGAUUACUUCCUCAAUCGCUAUCGGAUAGUCCAUAAGCUCGGCCAUGGCACAUAUUCAACCAUCUGGCUUGCUCAAGACGAGACAUCCAACAAAAAUGUGGCAGUCAAAGUGUGCAGGGCAAGCUUCAACGCCCUUGAGAUUGGUAUGCUGGCAAAGCUAUCAGCCCCUUCAUCAGACAGAGGCAGAGCUAUCAUUCCUUCCAUCUUGGAUAGGUUUAACAUCCAAGGCCCUAAUGGGGAUCACGUAUGUCUGGUAACCAGCCCGGCAAGGAUGAGUGUCUCUGAUGCGAAGAAGGAAUCAUGGAUUAGCCUCUUUCAACUUGAGGUAGCACGGGCGAUAGCAGCACAGCUUGUGAUUGCAGUCCAAUAUAUCCACUCACAGCGGUUCGUCCAUGGUGACUUACACCAGGGAAAUAUUCUAUUUCUACCAUCUUGUGAAUUCACUGCUGAACUACCUACUGAAAAAAUAUAUAAGAAAUAUGGCGAGCCAGAAUUCGAGCCAGUCAAUCGCUUAGAUGGCCAAAAGCUGCCGACAGGGGUACCAGAACACGGUGUAGUACCUAUCUGGCUUGGAGAAGCAAGUGAAAAUGUGACUCUUCUAGAAUCAAGAAUCCUCCUUUCAGAUUUUGGCGAAGCAUUUUCUCCAGCGCAAGAAAAAAAGUUCGAGUCUCAUGCACCUCUCUUAAUCCGUCCCCCAGAAGCUCGAUUUGAGCCUACAAAGUCUCUUACUUCCUCGUCCGACAUCUGGUCACUCGCAUGCACGAUUUGGGAUAUCAUUGCCCAGAAAACACUAUUCGAAGGGAUCAUGACAGACGAAGACGAUAUGACUUGUCAGCAGAUCGGGCUACUUGGCCCGUUACCGACCGAAUGGCAGGAAAAGCAUGGAGAAUCAAUUCACCAAUCCAAAUACCUAAAUCGAUCAUUAGAAGGCCACUUCGAAAAGACCGUGCAGAAAGCGCGUAUAAGGGCGAGGAUGCCGAGUCUUGGGUCAGAGGAGCAAAAUGCUCUGUUGUCGAUGUUUCGCUCGAUGCUGUCCUUUAAACCGGAAAAUCGACCAUCUGCUCAGCAGGUUCUUGAGUCCGAAUGGAUGGUGAAUUGGGCUUUGCCCGAGUAUGAAAAGAUUCGCAACAGUCAAUGCUAUAUGUGGCGGUGGUUAUAAAGAAAAGAAGCAGCUUUUAUGUGAACUAAAACUUCGAAAAACCCCGAAACAAGAAGACUAUGUAGGGCUCUAAGGAUGAAUGGAAACAAAAGAACCAA